AAAACCUCUCCUUCCUUGUCUAAGUCAAAAACAAAAAAAUGUUUGGUUAGGUUGCCGAAGAAAAGUAAACUAAAUAAAUAAAUAAGAAAAUGGCAUUUCCACUUAUAAAUAAGUUAUAUCCGGCAAAUCACAAGACUAUAUUCGUUCUUGACCAUACUCCGUACUUUGGGAUAUCAUGUGAAAAUCCUAUCGAGUUUGAAUUCCUCAAAAACCGAACUCCAGGUUUUAUCCCUAUGAACCCAAUUUCAAAAUCACUAUGGACCUCCAGUGUUGAAUCUGCUAUUGAAUAUUGCAGGAUAGUAUGGGAUUUAUUUCCCCAAGGCAAACUGGUUCGAUUUAUAGCCAGUGAUACUGUAGCUCAUAUUUUAAAUACAUGGAAUCCCUCACAACAAAGUUUAAAUCACAUUAUGAAUGGCAUGUCACUAAUAGGUGUUCCACCUCCUCCUCCCCCUAUGAGAGCAGUCAGUACUCCUCUAGAUCAUACAGUAUUACAUGGUUUACGUGCCGCUAUUGAAGCCUUAAGUGAACCAACAGAUUUACAAUUGGAAAAAACGAGAAAUGCUGGUGAUGGUCCAAAAAUUAUUAACAACACAAGGGUUAUCUGUAUAACUUCAGCGCGAGAUAAUGAUAGUAUGAAACGCUUAGAAGAUAUAUUUUUAACAGUAUUGAAUCAACAAAAUAAAUUGUCUACCACGUCAGACAAGCUAUUGACUAUCCACCAUUGCCACUUGGUGAUUAUAAAUACGUUUCCAAUUAAUAUGGAGUCACAAGUUAACAACCAUCCAGCAAAAAAUCUUUCGCAGAUACUCACAACGGAAGUGCAUUCCAUAAAAGCUCCACAGAUACCAAAUAAAUUAUCAUCACUUAUUCUGGAACACUACGAUUUAGCCAGCACUACUGUUACUGGCAUUCCAAUGAAAGAGGAACAAAAUGCGUCGUCAUCCGCCAAUUAUGAUGUUGAAAUCUUCCAUGCGAGCUCAGCACACACAGCCAUUUUGAAGGGAAAUGCUUCAGAUUCUGCUGCUAUCAGAACUAUUAAGGAAGGAAUGGAAUAUGAAACGACAACUCUCAAAUGGUGCACACCGAGAGGAAUGACCGGAUCAGAAUUACAAAAUUGUACUUCAAUGCAUCGGAUAACACCAGUAGACGUUAAUUCAAGACCUUCGUUAUGCUUAAUUAAUUUCUUGUUAAAUGGUAGAUCCGUCAUGUUAGAAAUGCCGAGAAAGGCAGGUGGAAAAAUUACCAGCCAUCUUCUUGCUGCACAUGGUGGAGAAAUUUUUAUUCACACUUUAUGUACAGCCAGAUCCGUCUUGGAAGAUCCACCUUCAAUUUCUGAAGGUUGUGGAGGAAGAGUGACUGACUACCGUAUUACCGAUUUCGGAAUGUUGAUUAAACAAAAUACCUUAUUGCCCAUAAAAGUAAAGAGUGAAGAGAGUGAACAACCUAUUCAAAAAAUAAAAACUAGACUAAAUAGAGUGACUCGAUACUGGCCUCUAACUAUAAGCUCGACUUUAAUAUUUAAUUUAAAAAAUUAUUUCGACCCAUUACCAACCCUAAUCACGAAAGAAAAACUAACAGAUGAAGAAAUCUUCCAAUGCAAAAAAGUCAUUUACAAUUUGAUUUCGCUAGAAUCCAAAAUGGAACCUAUACAUCCGCCUAACACAGGACAACGAGUCAAAGGGCAAAAAAGAGAAGAACAAUACAAAGCGAUGUGGAACGAACUUGAGACGUUGGUUAAAAAUAAUUUACAUUCAGAUAAUCAUAGAAGCGUUUAUACCUGUUUGCUGGAGUGCCAUAAGUUCAAUUUUGAUGAAGAUAAAAUUUCUGAUAAGGUUGAACUGGAUGAAGCUCUUCAUCAGUUAGACAAUAUAGGUCCUGGUAAGCCUGAAGUGGAUAUACCAAGAGCAUCCGUAAUACGAGCCACAACAGAUUCUCCUAUGUCACCUCCACCUUUAACAAGUAUAGCUCAGCCACUUUCUAGAAACGUUUUGAGCAGAAACGGUGGUAUUUAUAACACUCAAAGAACGCUGCUUGAAAUAUUCACUUCUCAGGAAAAGGUUAAGAGUAGACAGGAAUUUGUGGGAAGACAAAGUGACAGUCUUACAUGGAAACUGUAUUCGAAUCUUAAGACUGAUGAUAGGGGUCCGAGGGAAAAUAUGGAAGUGGAAUGAGUUAAUGUAUAUGCAACUUUUGUAUUUAUGUGUAAUAUAUUAAGAUUAUAUUUUAUAAA